AUGACAACCGUUGCCGCGUCCAACCUGUACAUACCGAAGAUGGAAAGGAAAUAUAUGCCUGGGGUUGGUGCACGAGUGCCUCGUCCCCCCAGCCAACCUCCAGAGCCAAGGCCUCCUGCUCUGAGUCGCAGGUGCAGACUCCCUCCACUCAGGAAAUGUCUUAUGACUGAACAGAAAGGCAUCUACUCAGAUAUCAUCACUACAUCCAAGUUCCAGUCUCGUACAGCGGGAUCUGACAGCCAGCAGAAAUCACAGGGCCAAUCCAUCUCUGAGUUCAGGGAUCUCAACAAAACAAAAGUUACACUUUCCAAGACUCCAUCUGUCCAGUGUGAGCUUGUUGAAAAGAAUAACCAUGGACCUACCUCACAGCAAUCACAGAUUUCUUACUUCUGUCAUGGUGGAGAUAAACCCAAGGUCCAGAUAGCCUACCAAACCAUUCCUGGCCAGGUCCCUCGCAAGUUAGUGAUAGAGAGACUUCGAAGGGAAUAUUUGGAAAUAGACUUUGAACAGCUCCUGGCAGAAAAAGGCAUAUCCUCCAAUCUCCUAAUGCCAAUACAUCAGAGCAGUAAUGAUGAGAAUAUCACUACAACAGACAAUCCUGUAUCACCCUACCUCCCCCUAGAGAUAUUCGACAAUGAGGAGUAUGAAUGCCGGACUCCAGAAGACUGGCUUGCCCUGGGCAACGCUGAAGGAUCACCUGAUCGAAAACCUAUUCCUGCAAAAGCCCUGCUGCCUACAGAUAACAAGACCUCCUCUGAUGACUCAAAAAGCUCCUCCCUGGAGUACAGCUGGCAUUUAGUUGGGGUUCUUGACUAUAGUAAGGAGAAAUGUCAGUACCUGGUACAGAAAGUUCAACAAAAGAGCAAACUGACAGGUGAGGAAGUGAAUGCCAUGCUAGCAGGUACUAAGUUGUGGGUACCCAGGAUCAGAUUGUUAUUCACUGCUGAGGAUCCACGUGUCUUUGUCGAACGGAUCCAGUUUGCUUUGGACCGGAGGAAGGAAACAGAAGCUCUGCUUUUCUACAACUUGUCUGUGGACUGCAUGCCCAUCUGGAGGGGAACACCCUCUCUUGAUGCCCACAGUCUUCAGCGUAUCAAAAGACACACCCUCUCAACCCCUGGGAUCCGACUAAAAAAUCUGGAGAAGUGUAUAGGAGAUCUGGAAAGGGAGGUCAAGCUGGAUUAUGACCGUACAAUGAAUUGCAUGAGCUUUGACAAAGUAGUGACGAGCCACCCAGAGGAGUUUUCACACAUCACCCUGCCACAGAGGGAUCCUGAGGAGGCACCACAAAAAGAGUGCAUUGAAGUUUCUCACAUUGCUUAUAAGGAGAACCAAGCUGCUUUUGUCUUCCGCUCCCUGCUAACAAAGCCAGAGGUGAUCUGUGCAUUAUCUGAAAUACGGUCUGAGUGCAACAAAGUAGCAACCAUGAAGCUGUUCAAUGUCACCUUGAUCAAACCACUGCGACUGGAAGAGUUUGAAACCAUCCAGUCUCAAAUGCAUACUCAGAUACACACGUUUCUUAGGGAUUCAUGGAUGGUCACGCUGAGCAACAGCAUACAUACCAACCUGGAGAAUAUUGGCCUGGGCUCGUACAACUUGAAAGAAUCUCGCUGGGAAAUAUACAGGAUGUCUAAGCUGUACAGACUGAUGGCUGUAGUGCGCUUUAACCUGCAGGACUCUCUGCGAUUUCUUGUGCAGAAUUCGCUAGCCAGCCUGACUCAGCUGCUGUUAAAUGCUUGCCACAGUGUGCUGACAUGUCCUCAGGACCUGGUCUGGGGGGACAACCUUACCACAAGCCCCUACAAGCCAAAAAAGAACCCUCUUUUCCUGGUGGACUUGGUUCUGGAUCAGACUGGGGCUCAUUACAGCACUCCACUGGAGAAUUUUGAGACAUCUGUUGUUAACCUGUUUGAUAAGGCCAUUAUGGCCACGUACGACAUACCACAGCUUGAUAAGUUUGUGAUGCAGAAGUUGUUCAUUGGUGGCAAUCCGUUGCUUGAGUCAGUCAAUUUGUGGGAACCAGAAGUAACUGAGCUGAGAGAGAAGGUCCGCAAUGCUCUCAUACAAGCAGCCAUACCUCUCAGGGCUUAUGCUGCUGAAUAUGAUAAACACUUAGAGCUACACAACUUGGACAUAGAAACCCAUGUUAAAUCUCAUACGCAUGCAGAACAGACAUCCCAAGAAGUGAAGAGAGAGGUGGAACAACAUCUCAAAGACAAGGAAAGGCUCGAGCAAUCUCUGCCAUCCUCCAUUGUCAUCGGUCCAUUCGUUGUCCGUGUGGAGGCCAUACGUCAGGCUCUCUCCAAAAAAAGAAAGGCUUUAGCGAAUGCAAUACUGGACCACCUUGUUCUGAAACUGCGCAAGCAGGUUGAUGAAGCAUGUGAAGAGUGCAACGCAGUGAGUAGAAAGCUAAAUGAGAAGCCCAACAACGUUGAGGAACUGACUGAAAAACGGGACUGGAUGAAGCAAAUCCCAGAGCAGCUCAGGAAUUUCAAGGAUCAUAUUGGCAAGACGUUGGCAGACUAUGAGCUCAUGGAAGAACUUUACUACUCUCUUUCAGAUGAUGAUGUCAAUAAAAAGUGGAGAGCUAUUGGGUGGCCUCAAAGGAUAAUGAGCCAGAUGGAAGCAGUAGUGGUCCAGAAUGCGGAGGAUGAGGCACGCUUCCAUAAGAUCCAGCUGGCCGACCAGAACGACUUUGAGGAGCAGCUAACCUCUCUACAGAUGCUGGUUGCUGGCCUUGCAGUUAAUACAGACAUUAAUCAUGCCCAUGAGGUGGCCAACGAGAUGAGGCGCACAAGCAAGCAACUUAAGGAAUGUCACACAAUGGCUCAAACCUUCAACUCCAGAGAACGUUUGUUUGGUAUUCCUGUCACUAAUUAUGAUCGCCUGCAGAAGCUGGUAAAGGACUUCCAGCCUUAUAAAGAUUUAUGGACCACCACCUCAGAUUGGCUACGUUGGCACGAGAGCUGGCUCAAUGACCCACUGUCUUCCAUAGACCCUGAGCAGCUUGAGCGCAAUGUUACAGAUGCCUACAAGACCAUGCACAAAUGUAUCAAACAGUUUAAGGACAUUCCUGACUGUCAGAUGGUGGCAACUGUAAUCUGCAGCAAGAUUGAGGACUUCCAACCUUACGUUCCUCUGAUUCAGGGCCUGAGGAACCCGGGGAUGGGGAGCUCGCACUGGGAGAUGCUUUCAGAACGCAUUCAGAUAAAAGUCAAGCCCAAAGCCAACUUGACCCUCUCCCGCUGCCUGGAGCUUGGCCUACAGAACCACAUGGAUGACAUUGCUCAUGUGGCUGAGGUGGCUGGGAAAGAGUACACCAUUGAACAGGCUCUGGAAAAGAUGGAACGAGAAUGGUCGACAGUAGUCUUUGAUGUGGUGCCCUACAAGGAGACAGGCACCUACAUCUUGAAGAGCCCAGAUGAAGCGUCCCAAUUGCUGGAUGACCACAUCGUCAUGACCCAGAGCAUGUCCUUCUCUCCCUUCAAAAAAGCCUUUGAGGGCCGAAUCAACACUUGGGAAAGCAAGCUCAGGAUGACUCAAGAUGUGUUGGAGGAGUGGCUGACAUGCCAGCGUUCCUGGCUCUACUUGGAGCCCAUCUUCAGCUCUGAUGAUAUCAACCAGCAGCUGCCUGUGGAAGGAAAAAGAUACCAGCAAAUGGAUCAAACAUGGAGGAGCAUCAUGAAAAGUGCCUUUAAUAAUCGAAAGGUGAUUGAGCUGUGUCCAGAUGCUCGUUUACUAGACAAACUGAAAAAGUGCAACACGCUGUUGGAACAGGUGCAGAAGGGUCUCAGUGACUACUUGGAGACAAAACGAGGCUCCUUCCCCAGGUUUUACUUCCUGUCGGAUGAUGAGCUCCUGGAGAUUCUGUCCCAGACCAAAGAUCCGACUGCUGUACAACCGCACUUGCGCAAAUGCUUUGAGAACAUUGCACAGCUUCAAUUCCAGUCAGACCUACAGAUCACACAUAUGUACUCUGGAGAAGGGGAGGAGGUGAAGCUGUCCUUGCCAGUGUGGCCCACUGGAAAUGUGGAGGACUGGCUCAGGGAAGUUGAGAAAUCUAUGAAAGCCACAUUGAGGGACAACAUUGACCGCUCACUCAAAGUCUACCCUGAGCAACCUCGUGUAGAGUGGGUGUUAUCAUGGCCUGGUCAAGUGGUGAUAGCUGGCUGUCAGGUCUUCUGGACUGCUGAGGUUUCUGAGGCCUUGGAGCAGGGAGACUUGGCCAGCCGUCUUUAUCCCCAGCUACAGACACAGCUGGGUGACUUGGUGCAGCUGGUGAGAGGACGUCUGUCUAGGAUGCAGCGAGCUGUGUUGUCCGCCCUCAUCGUCAUAGAGGUCCAUGCUAAGGAUGUUGCAGCCAAACUGGUGGAGCAGGAGGUCUCAAGUGUUAAUGACUUUGAGUGGAUCAGCCAGCUCAGAUAUUACUGGGCUAGGGAUGACCUGUACAUCCGUGCUGUGAAUGCAGAGUUUUUGUAUGGAUAUGAGUACCUUGGUAACUCUGGACGUCUGGUCAUCACACCUCUUACUGACAGAUGCUACCUGACCCUAACAGGAGCUCUACACCUGAAGUUUGGAGGGGCUCCUGCAGGUCCAGCAGGGACAGGAAAGACAGAAACCACUAAAGAUCUGGGAAAGGCGCUAGCUAUCCAGACAGUUGUUUUCAACUGCUCUGACCAGCUGGACUUCAUCGCUAUGGGCAAGUUUCUUAAAGGACUGGCCAGCUCUGGGGCCUGGGCAUGCUUUGAUGAGUUCAAUCGUAUUGAUGUGGAAGUGCUGUCUGUGGUGGCACAACAGAUCACCACUAUACAAAAGGCCCAACAGCAAAGGGCGGAGCGGUUUGUGUUUGAGGGGGCAGAGAUCCCUCUCGUCCCUUCUUGUGCUGUAUUCAUCACCAUGAACCCUGGUUACGCUGGACGUACUGAACUGCCCGACAAUCUCAAGGCACUGUUUCGUCCUGUGGCCAUGAUGGUACCUGACUAUGCGAUGAUAGCUGAGAUCUCCUUGUACUCAUUUGGCUUUAGCGAUGCCAAAGUCCUCUCCAAGAAGAUCACCUCCACUUUCAAGCUCUCCUCUGAACAGCUAAGUUCUCAGGAUCAUUAUGACUUUGGCAUGAGAGCUGUGAAGACUGUGAUCUCAGCUGCUGGAAACCUGAAGAGAGAAAAUCCUGACAUGAAUGAGGAAUUGAUCUGUCUGCGAGCCAUUCAAGAUGUAAACGUACCAAAGUUUUUACAGGACGACCUGAAGCUCUUCAACGGUAUUGUGUCCGACCUUUUCCCUAAGACCAAACAGGAGCCAAUCAACUAUGGCACACUGGAAGAGUCCAUGCGUAAAGUCUGCAGCCAGAAGAAGCUCAAAGAUGUGGAUGGUUACAUUAGUAAGUGUAUUCAGCUGUAUGAGACCACGGUAGUAAGACACGGCCUGAUGUUGGUGGGACCGUCUGGAUCUGGUAAAACCAAGUGUUAUGAGAUACUAGGGGCAGCAAUAACAGCUCUGAAGGGCCAGCCCUCUGUGAGUGGUGGUGUGUACGAGGCGGUCCACAUAUAUGUCCUCAACCCCAAGUCUAUCACCAUGGGACAGCUCUACGGGGAGUAUGACCUGCUCACACACGAGUGGACUGACGGUAUCCUCUCAUCUGUUAUCCGUGGAGGUGCUGCAUCCAUGGACAAAGACAAAAAGUGGUACAUGUUUGAUGGGCCAGUGGACGCUGUAUGGAUUGAGAACAUGAACACUGUGCUGGAUGACAACAAAAAACUGUGUCUUAGCUCAGGGGAAAUCAUCAAGCUCACUGAUGUGAUGACCAUGAUGUUUGAGGUGCAAGACCUGGCGGUGGCAUCUCCAGCCACGGUGUCUCGCUGUGGUAUGGUCUACCUGGAGCCCAGUAUUCUGGGCCUCACCUCUUUUACAGAGUGCUGGCUGAAGCAACUCCCUGAAGCCCUGAAACCAUUCACAGAGCAGCUCGACUCCCUGUUUGACAGAUUCCUGCAGGAUGCCAUCACAUUUGUCCGCAUAUCAGUAAAGGAGGUCAUCACAUCUCUGGACAGCAACCUCACCUGUAGUCUGCUCAAACUUAUGGACUGCUUCUUCAAUCCAUUCAACAUUAAAGAGGGUGAGAGGCCAGCGCCCCAAAAGAAACUGGACCGUCUGAAAGAACUGAUUGAGCCCUGGUUCUUUUUCUCUCUGGUGUGGAGUGUGGGAGCCACAGGAGAUGCAGCCAGUUGUAAGCGAUUCAGUGCCUGGCUCAAGAACAAAAUGGCAGAGGAAAAGAUUGAGUUAUGCUUUCCAGAGGAGGCCCUGGUGUAUGACUAUAGGCUCGAUGAUGCAGGAAUUAGUAACUUUAAGGAUGAUGAUGAAGAUGAGGAAACAAAAGUGCAGUGGGUCAACUGGAUGAAAUACGCAGAGAGUGUUGUCAUCAAGCCAGAGACAAAUUAUGCUGACAUCAUGGUUCCCACUCCAGACACAGUGAGAAUGUCUUUCCUCAUGGACAUGCUUUUGACAAAUAAGAAACCUGUGCUCUGUAUUGGGCCAACUGGCACAGGAAAGACCCUGACCAUGUCAGACAAGCUGCUGAGGAAGAUGCCUGCUGAAUACAUCACACACUUCCUCAUGUUCUCUGCCCGCACCUCAGCCAACCAGACUCAAGAUUACAUUGACAGUAAACUAGAUAAAAGGCGGAAAGGUGUGUUCGGACCACCAAUAGGGAAGCAUUUCAUCAUGUUUAUUGAUGACCUAAAUAUGCCCAUGUUGGAGACCUAUGGUGCUCAGCCUCCUAUUGAGCUGCUGAGGCAGUGGAUGGACCAUGGAGGCUGGUAUGACAGGAAACAGAUAGGGACAUUCAGGCGAUUAGUGGACAUCAAUUUUGCCUGUGCCAUGGGACCCCCAGGUGGAGGCAGAAACCCCAUUACCCAGCGCUUCACACGCCACUUCAACUUCCUGUCCUUCACUGAAAUGGAAGAUGCCAGCAAGAAAAAGAUUUUCUCCACCAUUCUGGGCAGUUGGAUGGAUGGAAGUAUGAGUAAGAGGGAACCAGGCAGACCUGUACCAGCCAUCCAGCCACUGAAUGAGCCUCUUGUAGAUGCUACAAUCCACGUCUACUCUACCAUUACCUCCCAGCUCCUCCCAACUCCAGCCAAGUCCCAUUACACCUUCAACCUCAGAGACCUGUCCAAAGUCUUCCAGGGCAUCCUCAUGGCCGAGGCUGGAAUGAUAGAGGACAAAUUGCAGCUGUUGCAGCUGUGGUACCACGAAAGCUGUCGGGUUUUCCAGGACCGCCUGGUGUCUGCUGAGGACAGGGACUGGUUCACCUGUCUCCUGAAGGACUGUAUUCAGGAGUUUGACUGCAGCUUUGAAGAGGCUGUGCCCUCUCGGCCUGUUCUGUAUGGAGAUUUCAUGAUUCCUGGAGCCGACCGCAAAGUCUACACACUCAUAGAAGACAAUGAAAAAUUGGUGAAAAUAAUGGAGGAAUACAUGGAAGACUACAAUCAGAGCAGUACCACCAAGAUGAAACUGGUGCUCUUCAUGAAUGCCAUUGAGCAUGUGUGCCGUAUUAGCCGCAUCCUGCGCCAGCCUCUGGGCAAUGCCCUGCUGCUUGGAGUGGGUGGGAGCGGACGCCAGUCACUCACUAAACUGGCUUCACAUAUGUCAGAAUAUGAGUGUUUCCAGAUCGAGCUGUCAAAGAGCUAUGGUCAGACAGAGUGGAGAGAAGACAUUAAAAGCAUCAUGCUAAAGGCCGGCCUUCAGAACCAGCAGAUCACCUUCCUCUUUGUAGACACACAGAUUAAGAGUGAGUCCUUUCUGGAGGAUAUCAACAGCAUUUUGAACUCUGGGGACGUCCCAAACCUGUAUGCAACAGACGAGCAGGAGCGCAUCCUGACAGCCAUGAAGCCAGUGGUACAAGAACUGGGCCAGCAGCCGACCAAAGCCAACCUUAUGGCUGCCUACAUCAGGAGGGUCCGCAGCAACAUCCACACUGUGCUCUGCAUGAGUCCUGUUGGUGAAGUGUUUCGUGCACGGCUGAGACAGUUUCCCUCACUGGUGACAUGUUGUACAAUAGACUGGUUCAGUGCCUGGCCAGAGGAGGCUCUGCAGGCUGUGGCAACAUCGUUUCUUAAUGAGCUGCCUGAGCUAGAAGCCAGUCACACAGCCAUGAGGGGACUGACACUGAUGUGUGUGAAAAUCCACCAGACAGUAGCCAGGAAGUGUGAACAGUACCUGGCUGAGCUUUCUCGACACAACUAUGUCACACCCAAGAGCUACCUGGAACUGCUUAAAACCUUCUCACAUCUUAUUGGACGCAAAAAGCAAGAACUGUGUGGUGCUCGUCAGCGCAUGAAGACUGGCCUGGACAAGCUUCUUAGCACAGCGGAGGAUGUGAGUAAGAUGCAGGAGGAGCUGGAGACGAUGAGACCUCUUUUGGAGGAGGCUGCUAAGGACACUGAAGUCACUAUGGAGACCAUCAAAAAAGACACAGUGGUUGCAGAAGAGACCCGGAAGUCAGUGCAAGCAGAGGAAGCCAAGGCCUCAGAGAAAGCCAGUUAUGCGGGAGAGAUUGCAGCAGAUGCCCAGAGAGACUUGGAUGAGGCUCUGCCAGCCCUGGAUGCUGCCCUCGCCAGCCUCAAGUCACUCAACAAGAAUGAUGUCACUGAGGUGCGAGCCAUGCAGCGACCUCCUCAGGGGGUUAAGCUGGUUAUUGAAGCAGUGUGCAUCAUGAGGGGCGUCAAACCCAAAAAGGUACCUGGAGAGAAGCCUGGCACCAAGGUGGAUGACUACUGGGAACCUGGUAAGGGUCUUCUACAAGACCCUGGCAAGUUUCUGGAGAGCCUUUUCAAGUAUGAUAAGGACAACAUCCCAGAUACCGUGAUCACUUUAGUGCAGCCCUACAUAGAUAAUGAGGAAUUCCAGCCAGCCUCCAUUGCAAAGGUUUCCAAAGCCUGUACCUCCAUUUGCCAGUGGGUGCGAGCCAUGCAUGUAUAUCACUUUGUCGCCAAGGCAGUGGAACCUAAAAGGCAAGGUCUCCAGAAGGCCCAGGAGGAUCUAGCGGUGAUCCAGCGCGCCCUGGACGAUGCAAAAGAAAAGCUGGCAGCGGUGGAGGGCGGCAUUGCCACUUUGCAGGCCAAAUACCAGGACUGCCUAGCUAAGAAAGACGAACUGGACAACAAGUAUCAACUGUGUGAGGCCCGCCUUGUCCGAGCAGACAAGCUUAUAGGCGGACUGGCAGAUGAGAAGGUGCGUUGGAAGGAAACAGUGCAACAUCUGGAUUACAUGGUCAAUAAUGUGGCAGGCGAUGUGCUUCUGUCUGCAGCAUAUAUAGCAUACCUGGGACCCUUCACUGGAGAGUACAGGGUGGCCAUGGCUGAGGAGUGGCUGCAUUGUUUCAAAGAGCUAAGUGUCCCACACACUGAUGAACCCAACCUGAUCAGCACCCUAGGAGAUCCAGUCAAGAUCCGCUCCUGGCAGAUAUCAGGUUUGCCCAAGGAUAACCUUUCAGUGGAGAAUGGUGUGAUUGCCCAGUACUCUCUGCGCUGGGCUUUAUUCAUUGAUCCUCAGGGACAAGCCAACUCGUGGAUCAAAAACAUGGAGCGGGACAAUGGAUUGGAGGUUAUGAAGCUAAGUGACCAGGACUUCCUGCGCAGUCUUGAGAAUGGCAUUCAGUUUGGUAAACCCUGCGUCUUGGAGAAUGUGGGAGAGGAGUUAGAUCCUGCUCUAGAACCUGUCCUGUUGCAACAGACAUUUAAGCAGCAAGGUCAGACAGUGCUGAAGCUGGGGGAUUCAGUCAUCCCUUACAAUGAAGGCUUCAAGAUGUACAUUACCACUAAGCUGCCGAACCCACACUACUCUCCAGAGGUCUCCUCUAGAGUCACCCUCAUCAAUGUCACACUGUCACCCAGUGGUCUAGAGGACCAGCUACUUGGCCAGGUUGUAGCUGAGGAGCGUCCAGACCUGGAGGAGGCAAAGAACCAGCUGAUCAUCAGCAAUGCAAAGAUGAAACAGGAGCUAAAGGAAAUUGAGGAUGAAAUCCUGUCCCGACUCAGCUCCACAGAAGGAAACCCUGUGGACAAUGAGGAGCUCAUCCAAGUGUUGGGGGCUUCCAAGAUCAAAGCUGGGGAGAUCAAGGCCAAAGUGAUGGCGGCAGAGAAGACAGAGGAGGACAUUGAUGCCACCCGUCUGCAGUAUGUGCCGGUGGCUGUGCGCACACAGAUCCUCUUCUUCUGUGUAUCGGACCUGUCCAACGUUGACCCCAUGUACCAGUACUCACUAGAGUGGUUCCUUGGCAUCUUCAUGGCUGGCAUUGCCAACUCUGAGAGAGCAGACACAGUGGAGAAGAGACUCACCAACAUCAAUGAAUAUUUUACCUUCAGCCUGUACAGCAAUGUGUGUCGCAGCUUGUUUGAGAAGCACAAACUCAUGUUUGCCUUUCUCUUGUGCGCUCGCAUCAUGAUGAAUGAGAACAAAAUUAAUAUGGCUGAGUGGCGAUAUUUGCUAUCUGGUGGGAUGCCUGUCCAAGAGCUGACCAACCCAGCAGUGAGUUGGCUGUCGGAGCGCGCCUGGCAGGACAUCCUGGGCCUCAGCGCUUUGGACAACUUCAGCAACCUGGCAGAGAACUUCACUGAACAUCUGCAGGGUUUCAAGAGAAUUUUUGACAGCAACCAGCCUCACAGGGAGCCUCUCCCAGGAGAGUGGGACACAGAGCUGGACUCAUUCCAGAAGCUGCUGGUCCUGCGCUGUCUGAGGGCUGACUGCCUUAUUCAAGGCCUGCAGGACUUUGUCUCAGCUCAGCUUGGACAACGCUUCAUUGAGCCUCAGAUGUCAGACCUGUCUGUGGUCUUCACUGAGUCAUCCCCCUCCACUCCCCUCAUCUUUGUCCUGUCUCCUGGCACUGACCCUGCUGCAGACCUCUACAAGUUUGCUGACGUCAUGCAGUUCUCCAAGAAAAUGAGUGCCAUCUCUCUGGGCCAGGGCCAGGGCCCCUGGGCUGAGAUUAUGAUGCGCACUGCUAUGGAAAGAGGUCAGUGGGUCUUCUUCCAGAACUGUCACCUGGCUCCAAGCUGGAUGCCUGCCCUCGAGAGACUCAUUGAAAACAUCAAUCCAGUAAAGGUGCACAAGGACUUCCGCCUGUGGCUCACAAGUCUUCCUAGCAACAAGUUCCCAGUGUCCAUUCUCCAGAAUGGGUCAAAGAUGACCGUUGAGCCUCCCAAGGGAAUCAAAGCCAAUCUACAGAAAACCUACCUGAGGCUCACCGAUGAUUUUAUCUCCUCUUCCACCAAGACAUCACACCUCAAGUCUUUGCUCCUGUCUCUGUGUCUCUUCCAUGGAAUUGCUCUGGAGCGGAGAAAGUUUGGCCCACUGGGCUUUAACAUUCCCUACGAAUUUACAGAUGGAGACCUGAACAUCUGCAUCAGCCAACUCAAAAUGUUCUUGGACGAGUACCAGGAUGUCCCAUACAAGGUGCUGAAAUAUACUGCAGGGGAGAUUAAUUAUGGCGGCCGCGUGACAGAUGACUGGGAUAGACGUUGUCUGCUCAGUGUGCUGGAGGAUUUCUACUGUCCCGCUGUGCUUACUGAUGAUCAUGUCUACUCUGCGUCUGGAGUCUACCGGCAGAUAGACACAAAUCUGGAUAUCAAGGGUUACUUGGCAUACAUCCGUGGUUUGCCCAUCAAUGAUACACCUGAGAUUUUUGGUCUCCAUGACAAUGCUAACAUCAGCUUUGCCCAGAAUGAGACCUUCGCCCUGCUAGGAGCCGUGGUUCGUCUCCAACCUCGAGCUGCAUCUGCUGGGGGCAAAACUCAGGAGGAGAUAGUGGAGGAGAUUGUAGCAGGCAUCACUGAAAAGAUUCCUCAGCUUUUCAGUGUUCAGGAAGUGAUGGAAAAGUACCCGGUCCUCUAUGAAGAGUCCAUGAACACAGUGCUCAUCCAGGAGGUCAUCAGAUAUAACAAGCUGCUGGCGGUCAUCUCUCAGAGUCUCAGUGAUAUCGUGAAGGCUCUGAAGGGUUUAGUAGUGAUGUCAUCAGAACUGGAGCUUAUGGCCAACAGCCUGUUCAACAACAUGGUGCCUGAUAUGUGGAAAGCCAAGGCAUACCCUUCUCUGAAGCCUCUGGCCUCCUGGGUGUCAGACCUGCUUCAGAGGAUCAGUUUCCUGCAGAGAUGGAUCUGUAAUGGCAUUCCACCUGUUUUCUGGAUUAGCGGCUUCUUUUUCCCCCAGGCUUUCCUCACAGGAACCCUCCAGAAUUACGCCCGUCGCUCUGGCACCUCCAUCGACACAAUUGGAUUUGACUUUGAGGUGGUGGUGAAGUCAGUGUCACAGAUAACAGAGAAACCAAACACAGGCUGCUACAUCCACGGUCUAUUCCUAGAGGGGGCUCGCUGGGAUACCGAGGCAGGUCAACUCACAGAGUCCAGGCCCAAAGAGCUCUACACAGAAAUGGCCAUCAUCUGGCUGAUCCCCAAACCUAACCGCAAGCCUCCAACCUCUGGGGUCUACGUCUGCCCCAUCUACAAGACACUCACACGUGCUGGGACUUUGUCUACAACCGGUCAUUCCACCAACUACGUGAUGGCGGUGGAGCUGCCCACAGAUUGCAGUCAGAGACAUUGGAUCAAACGGGGAGUGGCCCUCAUCUGUGCACUGGACUACUAAAUACAGAGACACACACACACACACACUUUUAAAAACUGUCUAUAAACUGUAUCUGUCACAGCCCACAACGAUGAUGAUUGCAGUUGUGGUUGCUUAGACAGAAUCACAUCAUACACAGACACUGUCUAUGCACUUAAUGUCUCUAAAAUGAGCUCAGUGAAACCUCUGUAUGUAAUAAACUGUUUUUCACUAUGCCACAUUAGUGUAAUAUUGUUAUGUAAGGUUAUUUAAUGACAUCACUGGGUUAGAGGGAACCUGCUCCAGUGGUUUCCUCAUACUAUACUUCAACUUUUCCGGACCACACAUACCAAUGUAAGUUUUUCUUUUGAUCUACUCUCAUCCAGUACUCUAAUAAACCAAC